AUGGCCAAGUAUGCCAAACCCGGCUCCUGCCCGAACGCCAAAUACCCCACAAAACCGCAAUACAUCGAAGGCUACACCGCCUUCUGCGACAACUACAUGCCCGUGACGGGCUACUACAACCUGCACACCGACGACACCCUGAUCGCCAACUCACCCCUCAUCCAAGCCGACGGGUCCACCGCACGCUGGGUGUUCAAGAUUAGCAUCUGGACGAGCAACAGCUACUCCAACUUGCUGGUCAAUAAGUAUGUGGACAAGGAUGUGUGUUUGAGGCAUUUCGGGGCGAUGUUGGAUUUGGGAGGCAUGGGCAGGGAUUGGUGCACGGUGGACGGCAUGUUUGUUGCGGGCGCGAAGGGGAAUGAGGAUUUGGUGGCGUUCAAGGGCGGGAAGAAUAGUUUACAGAUUAGGGAGAUUGGAAACACGCAAGUUGUUUUUGAGAGCUAUAGGAUGAGAGUGUAG